AUGAUGUCUCAAGUGUCCAUACAGAAAGAUAGUCUUUUUGGGUACGAGACUCAGAUUGAGAGUGAGAUCGAUAAUAACCAUUUGAUGUCUACGGCUCCAGCAGAGCCUUCUUCAGCACCACAGAGUCAGACCCCGUAUGUAACGCAAAAUGGGAACGAGAACCAAGAUCACCGGGCAGGACCAAAUGUGAACGUUGAUGGAGAGAUGGAAGGAGCAGAAACGGAAGAAGUUGACGAUGUGGCUUUGGCGUCCUUUGUGCCUCUGGAUAGGUUACAAAUCAACGGUAUUACGAGCGGUGAUAUCAAGAAGUUGAGAGAGCAUGGGCUACAUACUGCCGAAGCAGUUGCGUAUGCGCCACGCAAGGACUUGAUGGAAAUCAAGGGUAUCUCAGAAGCCAAGGCGGACAAAUUACUGAGCGAAGCUUCUAGAUUGGUCCCCAUGGGGUUCGUCACUGCUGCAGAUUUCCACAUGCGCAGGUCGGAAAUGAUAUGUCUCACGACGGGUUCCAAGAAUCUGGACACUCUGUUGGGCGGCGGUGUUGAGACGGGAUCUAUAACGGAACUUUUCGGCGAAUUUAGAACUGGUAAGUCACAACUCUGCCACACAUUGGCGGUUACUUGCCAAUUGCCUUUAGAUAUUGGUGGCGGGGAAGGAAAAUGUUUAUAUAUUGAUACAGAGGGUACAUUCAGACCAGUGAGGCUAGUGUCAAUUGCCCAAAGGUUUGGUUUGGAUCCUGACGAUGCUUUGAAUAAUGUGGCGUAUGCCCGUGCGUACAAUGCAGAUCACCAAAUAAGGCUAUUAGAUGCUGCUGCACAGAUGAUGAGCGAAUCGCGGUUCUCUUUGAUUGUGGUAGAUUCCGUUAUGGCACUUUACAGAACAGAUUUUUCCGGACGUGGUGAGUUAAGCGCAAGACAAAUGCAUUUAGCGAAAUUUAUGAGAGCUUUGCAAAGGCUAGCGGAUCAGUUUGGUGUCGCUGCGGUAGUUACAAAUCAAGUUGUCGCCCAGGUCGAUGGUGGCAUGUCUUUCAAUCCAGAUCCCAAGAAACCUAUUGGUGGAAAUAUCAUGGCCCAUUCCUCAACUACAAGAUUAGCCUUUAGAAAGGGAAAGGGAUGCCAAAGAAUCUGCAAGGUUGUCGACUCUCCCUGCUUGCCAGAAGCCGAUUGCGUUUUCGCUAUCUACGAGGAUGGCGUGGGCGACCCCAGAGAAGAAGAUGACUGA